AUGGUCCAUCGAGAGGCUUCAUGGCUGGUAAGCUCCCCAGUCACUAAACACCGACCACAAAUCAAAGAGUUCUGUGGCACAUGGAGAUUUCCAUUUGACCUAUUUCUGGUUGUUGAAUCUGAGGUGCUCCGAGUGCAGUAUGAGCUCAUGCCGUCAGGCCACGAAUGUUUGCGUCAUUGGCCGGCCAUCUAUGUCCUGUCCCUCCUCGUCUUCUACGCUACGCACUUCAGGGCCUACUCGGAUGAGAAGAUAUUCCAUUACAUCUUCGCCGUUGCCUUGCUCGUUGGUGCUAUCGCCUACUUCUCCUGGGCCCCUCGUCCUCCGAAACACAUAUUUGACCCAGAACACCUGGCGAGUCCAACCCGCCCCGUCAUCAUCGCGCUAGUCUUGAUCAGCGGCGUGUCUUGGGCUACCAUCUUCUUUAAUAUUACCCUGUCCUGGGUCUGGAUUGUUUCGUACCUCGUCUCCGCCUUCACCGUAAGCAAGUACAAAUGGGGGUUUUUCGCCUUCGGCACGGUCGCCUACCUCAUUCUCGCCUACAACACACUGGCAGGCGGCCUCACUUCAUCGAGGCGUGUCGGUAUCUCCCGUGACUAUACCCUACUAGCGGGAUGGACCAACCUUCUCUGGCUGCUGUGGCCCAUCACCUUCGCUGUCUCUGAUGGUAGCAACGUCAUCGGCGUGACCCCCAGCGCUGUCUGGUUCGGCAUACUGGAUGUGCUCUUGACUCCUGUUAUUGCGUUCGCCAUUUUCAGCUUGUCGCGUAAGUGGGAUUACAACAGGCUGAACUUGGCAUUCACACGAUAUGGUCGCGUCCAUACCGAUGGCCACUACCCGGAGAAGCACACGGCUGCUCCAGCAUCGUCUGACACUGCUCCCUCGGGAGGAGUUGUCUAA